AUGCCACCCCAAAUGGCCGCCAACUCGAUGUCCGACCUCUCGGAAAUCAAACAGCUCCUCCACUCCUUAAAUUCCGACCUCCAAGCUAUUAAAUCGGACCUAGCAGAGCUGAAGAAAAACCAAAGCCAAGGCCAGAGCCAGAACCACCUCCAGGGCGAGAGGGAGGGAACAUCGUUUUCAUGCGUCAGCUGCGCAAGGGAAGCUACCUCCAGCGGCGUCAGUUUGGCACUCCCCGGCAAUGCUAAAGGGCGCGGCACACCCAGUUCGGUAUCGCAACUUAUCGAGAAGGAGGCGGCGAAGGGGAUGGUGAUCGAGAAGGUGGUCGCCGAGGCUGGGGGCACAGUGGAUGGGGACUUGAAUGCACAUGGUCGUAAACGAAGUAGAUCUGCCGCUGAGAUGGAUGCCCCUGGGGAAGAUGGGGCGGAUUCAGAUGUUGAGGACUCAGAUGAAGAUGAUUUUGGACCCUGGGGGGAGGGAGGCAAGCGAGACGAGGAGACCGUUCUCGACCUAGCUGUUUGGGACGGGAUUGACGCCGUUGACAAACUCCUCAGUCGUGAAUCGGAGAUCAGCAUCCCGUGGAUCUUCCUGGCCAUCGAAGGGGUGCAUGCACGGUGGUUGGAUGAAAAUGCUACGAGAAGGCGGUUGCAAUGGAGAGAGUAUCAAAAGGAGGGGAUGCUCGAGUUCGAGUACUGCUUAUACGGCAUCUUCUACAGAGGGCAUAAGCACCCAGACGUGGCUAGGGGAAAAUGCUUCUGCAGACGUGGCGAUGCUCUGCCCGGUUUGAUCAAUUAUGCCGCCCAGUGUAUCCGGGUCAAGCGGUCGGAGCGCGAUGGCGGCAAACUCGCGUUCCGAUUUGGACAGCAGAUCGGGCACCGCCGCGACCCGUACUGCUGGGAAGUGGGAUUGCACUGGAAAUAA